AUUAUCAGCCUUAGGCCGCCACAUCUGGGCUUAUCCGUUGACAGAUGCCUAUUCUCUCUCUCAAUACGAGGUGAAAACUCUUCACCUUUUCUAUCUCUAACCAUUUUUCUAUUUCGACUAUUUAGAAAUGGAAUAUGACCCAGCGUCCCCCGGCUCGUUCGCCGCCUCUUAUGUUUCCAACUCCCGCUUCCAUCGAUCCUUGACCAUCGAGCCAACUCCUACCCAUGGUCCUCUCAAUGUGACUUACGGCGACUAUGGCCGCAAGCCCGAUGAGAACGGAACUACUCCGACACUUCUAUUUAUGCCGGGCAUGUUUUCAUCCCGGUACAUUGGAAUCUGUCUACACACGAUUGCCGAGAAAUGGGGCGUGCGCGUUUUGGUUGUUGAUCGUCCCGGAAUGGGGAAUUCAACCGACGUGCCGCUCACGCAGCGAGUGUCCACCUGGAUUGAGACCGUCCCACGGCUUUUGGCCCAUUUAGGCAUACAGCAUGUUUCAUUGGCGUCGCAUAGUGCUGGCACUUUCUAUCUGUUUAACACCCUAUAUCACUGUCGGGAUAUUCUGUAUCCUGAGAAACCGAUGGCCACGAUUCUAGCGCCAUUUGUCGACCCCGCCAAAUCAGGCAUGACAUCCAUGAAAAUGGCCCAAUAUAUCCCUACCCCAGCAUUCAAGCUCUGGCAUCAUAUCCCGCGUCUCUUUCUCGCCAAUGAUGGUUCUGCAACAGCGACGAGUGGACAGAUGAUUGCCAAUCUCACUGCCUCCUUUCCCUCAAAGAGCGGUGAUGACCAGGCAAAGAAUCGUCUCUACAUCGCGCAAAACUACGGACUAAGCCUAGAGCAGCAGAAAGAGAUAGACGCUUUGAUGAUGCAGUCCAUGUUCAAGGAGAACACGGUUGGCUCUAAUAGCGAGGCGCUGCAGUGUCUACGGAAGGAGCCUAACACGUGGGGCAAAUGUGACGACUAUGAGGUUUUUGUGCGUGAGUUGGUAGAGCGUGAAAGAGGGCGAGAUGGAGCGCCGUUGAAAGUUCAGGCGUUCUUUGGUGAGUCUGAUAGCAUGAUUGGCAAGAAGGGUCAAGCUUAUGUUGAGAGAUGCUGGCAUCAAGUGGAUGAUGGGGACUCGAGGGGUGUAGUUGAAUUUAAUUCAACAGUAGUGUCUGGCACUGACCAUGAUAGCUUGGUACCGUCCGCAGAAGUAUGGGAGAGCAUUUUCAAGAAAAUGCAAGGAGCGGAAGACGAUAGCUUAAUAUAGUUCCUGAAAUAGCACCAACAAGAAUAGUUGGAAUAUGCGGCCUUGUGACAUCUUUUUGAAAGCCUUUUUGAAAGUCUUUUUCGAUGUAUUUUCA